AUGGGGAGGCUCGAGAUUGUGCUGGCGCUGCUGGGGUCGCUGCUCGCGACGCUGCUAGUGGCGCUGCUGGUGGGUGCCUUCGCAAAGGAGCAGGAGCAGGAUUUUCUUCCCGGGCAGCCCGGGGAGAGGGUCCGGGGCAGCGGAGGGAGCGUGGAGGUGUGGAACGAAGAUUUUAAGCAGCUGCAGGAAGCGCAUGUGGCGGCGGCGCUGAUAACAGUGCAGAGCCAGUUCCUUGAGCUGCCACUAUAUGCCAACUCCCCGCAGGCCUAUUACGUGUUGAAGGGCGAGGCUAUGGCAGGCCUUAUCAGCCCCAUGGGAGCACCAACGAAUCUCAGGCGGCUGAGGGAGGGAGACGCCUUUGCGAUUCCCCGGGGGUGGGCACGGUGGAUUUGGAACAACGGCCAGCAGCCGUUUCAGGUGCUCUCCGUGGCCGAUACUUCCCAUGCCGCUAACACCUCCAAGGGCGCGCCAAGUGCUGCCGGCCGCUACACCGCCUUCCACCUCAUGGGCGCGCAUAAGGAGAAUUUCGGAAGCAUUCUACACGGCUUCAGCCACGACCUGCUGGCUCAGGCGUGGGACGUGGAGGAGGGGGAGGUGCAGCAGCUGCUGCAGGCGCAGCAGGAAAGCGUAUUUGUCAAAGUCACUCCGCAGCUUCGGGCAGAGCUGGAAAACUAUGGGAAGGAGGAUGAGGAGGAGAAUGAGAAUGAGAAAGAGACUGAGAAUGGGAAUGGGAAUGAGAAUGGGAAUGAGGCGGAGGAGGAGGCGGAGGAGGCAGAGGAGAAUGAGUGGGAGGAGGAGGAGGCAUAUGGGGGAAACGAUCAGCCACACUUUGGCAAGGGAGCAAAACCUGGUGUGAGCAUCUUUGCAGACUUCUCCUACAACCUCAAGGCCCGCCAGCCGGACAUCUACGUGAAGCGCGGCGGCACGGUCACGGCAGCCAACGGGUACAAGCUGCCGGCAUUCCGCAAAGUGGGCUUUGCAGUGGCGUGCUUCAGCCUGGAGGGCAACGCCAUGACGGCGCCAGCGUGGCUGGCGAAUGCAGCGGCGAUGGUGUAUCUGGCAUACGGGGAGGGUCUGGAGUGCAUUGCCAUGAUUCCCAAGAGCCGCUUCCAGCAGGGGUUCCUGGCGGGGACUAACUCGGUGUGGCGCACGCUGCCUGCCUCCGUGCAGCGCGCCGCCUUCAACGCCGAUGAGAAGCUUCUGGAGAAGCUGUAG